AGGAUGUGUGUGUGGAAGUCUUGGGUCUGUGAUGGCACCCCAGACUGUCCACAAGGGGAUGAUGAGAGGAACUGUCAAAAUGUGACUAGGUGUGCACCAUCAGAGUUCCAGUGUGUGACAGAUGGGGGUUGUAUCCCCUUCAGCAAGCGCUGCAACAAUAAAGUGGACUGUAUGGACUCCUCAGAUGAGCUGCAGUGCGGCACUGUGGCAUCGGACUGUUCCAUCUUCAACGACCACAAAGAGGGCUGCUGCAACACGCCAUCCUGUGGUGUUUAUUACACGGCCACCAACCCACCAUAUGGCCGGUGCACCAGUGUCAUUAAUGCAUCGACCUAUCGCCAGAGCAACAGAUGUGAUGGAGUCAUAGCAGCACCUUACGAGUGCCUGCCUGGACAGGUCAAGUGCAACAACACCAAGAUGACGUGCAUCUCCUGGGUCCAGGUGUGUGACAACCAGAAGGACUGUGUGGGUAACAGCAUGGACGAGGAUAACUGUUAUGAUUGCCAAAGUCUUGGCCGACAACAUGUUUACUUGACUCCCACAAAUACAAGCAUGCAUUUUGUUUCCCUUGGUGCCAACUUAAUCUCCUAUGCAGAAAAAGUGCCUGAUCUCCCUAAAGCCAACUUGACCUGGAAAAACUUUUCAAGAAUUUCUGGAUCAGAUGACACAAUACUCGGGCUGAAGCCAGCCACACCAUACGUCUUUGUUUUCUUCCAGACCACCUCCAAGAGACUCUGCCCAGUUGACACCAGUGAAAUGUCCACUUUAGAUGGUUUGCCAUCUGAACCCAAGUCUGUGACGACAGCCCUGCGACUGGAGAACUACCCGGUCACUUACAUUGUGGAUGUCCAGUGGAAGAAACCUGAUGCAGCUAAUGGGAAAAUUAUUAGCUAUGUGGUCUAUUACCAACAAGUGGACAGCAAAGGUGUGUCUGCAGGGGAAGUCCUGUCUAAAACCAUAACAGGCCAAUACCAGCAGUUGAAAAAUGUGGACUACCAGACAAGCGUAGUGGAGCAGAUUGAAAAGGGCAAGACUUAUGAUUUUUGGGUCACAGCGGUAACCUCAGCAGGGGAAGGAACUCCAUCUAAAAAAGUCACCAUCGCAACGGACAGUAUACCCCAGUUUGACCUGAAGGUGACGGUUGCCAAUGUUUCGGCCACUGGGUUUACUGUUAAGUGGGUCACUGACCCCAAUGCUGUUGGGUACAAGGUCACGGUCAUCUCUUUGAAGCAGAGCUCUCCUAUUUUCCCAGCCGGGGAGAUCAAAGAUGUUGAGAAAGAGCUCAGCAAAACAGAGACGAGCUUAUUAGUUGCUGACCUUUGCCCACAGAGUGAUUUUAAAGUGUUGGUGCAAGCCUUGUAUGCCAAUAAAGUGAAGGGCCUAGCAUGGAAGGCAUUCAGUACUACCACAGGCACACAGCCUCUGGUCAGCAUAGCUAAGGUUGAGAAAACUGGACCCACAAGUGCCAUGGUGUCCUUCAAUGUUACCCAGGGUUCAGCUAAGAAAUUCCACAUCUACUACACCCAUGACAACCACGCCUCACCUUUGAACCUGACAUCUCUGGAAUCAAGUUACGAGAUCAAAGGCCUGUACGCCUGUGAGAACUACUUUGUCUGGGUCCGGCCUGUGUCACCUUUCUGUCCGUCCUCUGGUGUCUCCAGCUUCAUAACAGAGGAAGAUGAUAAGGCACCACCAAAAGACCUAGAAUAUGAACUUACUCAUGAGUCCUACCAGUUUAAUGUCACUCUCAAAUGGACAGCCUCCUGCUACAAACAGUCCAGGGAAAUUGGCUACAUCAUUACUGUGCAAAAUGGGGAUAACCCUAGCACAGAAAUAGCUGUCCAGCAGACUUCUCUCACCAAAAUCAAGCACACCCUAUCUGUGAAGGACAACCAGAUAUACACCUUCAGUGUCCGCACUUUAGUUCCUGGCUCACAGAACAGCCCGGUGUUGAAAGUCAAAAUACCUUCCCUAGCUGGGCCUGUGAACUUUGUGGCCGAGCAUGUCGGAGGACUUCAAGUGGUCCUGAGGUGGACAUGGGAUUUUAUUUCAGAUCCAGACUUCAGGGAGUUUUUGGUGUUCAGCUCACAAGGGGAGACAACAAUGAAAAAUCAUACAUCUAAACAAGAAAUACUUCUGUCCCUUCCUACUGACGGCACAUAUUUUUUUAAAGUUCAUGCCAUGUCUAAAGAAGGAGAAACCAUUGCUAUGUCACAAGAGCUGCAGUUCUCAUUUGAAAAUGUGGAUGCCCCAACAAAUGACAAGGUGAUCUCCCUUAGCCAAACCAACUUUGUGGCCAUCCUGGUCCCCGUGGCUGUUGUAGUGGUGGGCCUGAGUGCUGGGCUGGUCUUCUUCAUCGUCAGGCACAGGCGGCUCCAGCGCAGCUUUCUGGCUUUUGCCAACAGUCACUACAACAUCCAGUCUGGCACCACGACAUUUUCAGAUGAUCUGGAUGGUGAUGAGCCAAUGAUUCAAGGUUUCUCUGAUGAUGAGCCUCUGGUUAUUGCUUAAAUUCUUGUUUCAAGUUGAUCAAAAACAUUUUUUAUUUAUUUUAAUCCAUCAUUUAAAAAAAAAAAAAUGUUGUUAAAUGUUAAGCUACAGUUGGUAAAAAAGUAAUCUUUUAUUUCUAUUUUUAAAAAAAUAUUUAUUUGAUUAUUUUUAAAUAUUUUGUGAAAUCUUGACCAGUCUACACUUAUAUUGCAAGAGUUACACAAUAUUUUCACCCAAUUGAAAAUCAGGGGAAGUAAUUAAAAUGAGGGUAUAAGUUUAAAAUUUGAAGGGGGAUUAAAAGUAAAAUAAAAGGGAAAUAAUUUGAUAAAUAAAUAAAAAGUAUACCGAAGAAAAUAAUUAUUUUAAUAUAAAAACAGAUCCAUAUUUUUUAUAAUGGAUUUAAAAUUACUGUAAAUUAAUGGAUCAUGUACUUGACAAAAAUAUAUUUGUACAAAGAAAAUAACCCUGGGUACUUUAACUUGUUUUGUUAACCAAACACUCUUGCCACAUAAGUUAGACAUCUUUUAUUCACAUUUUUUAAAUUUAGUAACUAUUUUUAUCAGCUUUAAAUUUAAUUUUAAAUUGAUUAAAAAUAAUACUUAAAAAUAUUUCUUGUCAUGCAUAUUUUCUGAAUGCAUAAUUUUAUGCAGCAGUUUCAAUAAAAUAAUAGAUGACACUGAGAAUUUUGUAAAUGAAAAUUGUGUAAAUUGUAAUCUUAAAGUGGCUUAUAAAACUACUGACACUACAAAAAUGGAGAUGAAAUGUGUUCUGAUGUUAUUGAGAACAUAUGCAGAGCUCUAGUCUGUUCUCUGGUUUGUGAUAAAUUUUUAUAUAGCAAGGUUUGUUUCAUUUCAUUCUGUGCAAGUAUUACUCUCUGUUGUUAAUCCAUAAUUUUAACUUACCAAAAUACUAAUAAGGUUGUUUUUUUUUUUUUUUUUUCUUUAAAAUCAUACUGUUCCAAAGUUAAUUGUGCUUUACUUUUUUUUAUUUUUUACUAUUAAUAUCUUGACUGUAAUCUUCUUGUAUGGGUUGUGGGGUUUAUUUAUCUCUUAGCUUUUUGUCUUUAUGUCCACGCUUGAAAGUAACGGUAACAGUAGGGUCUUCAUCACUAAGCUGUGAGUUUUUAUUUUAUUUAAAACCUGGCAGAUUAAUCAAUUAAUUUAAUUUAACAGGGUAGAGAAUGUGUUGAUAAAUUAAAACAAAAAAAUUAACAUUCAAUCAAAAGAUUUUUUAAAAAUGUGUUAACUAAUUAACUAAUUAAUUGCAAUAUAAAUUAUACUUUAUACUAUUACACCCCCCACCCACCCCCACCCCUGUAGAAUACUAGUUUAUGAAUUAUUAUCCGAACCGGAUGAAAAAUAGGCAGAAAAAAAUAAAAUUUUCUGCAUUAAGCUAUCUACAAGUCAAAAUUACAGCCUUUUUACACGCUUUUUGUAUUUAUAUUUUCUAAGAAAGGAUUUUUUUUUUCACUUGAUAUCAUCUAUACUAUCAAAUAGCUAAAGAUAGUUUUUAAAUGUGUUUAAGCAUGCUGAAGAUCCUUCUGUUACCGAUUCCUUUACUCUCUUGACUGUAUAUCAUACAUAUAAUUAUAUACACCAUAGCAGGUAAGCUAUAUUUUUUAUUUGUAUGUUAACAGGAUUUUCAAAUUUUUUUCUUUAGGUUGCUUUUUGUUGAUACAUACAUAUAUAUCUCUGUUGGCUUAUGUAAUAUAAUUGUAUUAUAGAUGUUAUUGAAUUUCUUAUAUUAUCUCAUUAAACAUAUCAAGAAAAAUUGGAAAUGAUAUACUUAAUAACUUGACAAUGAUGAUUGAUGUACUGUAUAAUUAUUUUUUUUUCUUGCUAAUUCUAGCUGGGGUGACUUUUGUAACAUAACAAAUUUAUGUGCAGGAAUUUCAUUUAUAUAUUGUGAACACAUUUUUUUGGAUCAGGUAUUAAAACUUAACCCUAAUUUGCUAUAAUUAGUGAAACAGUUCUUGUAUUGUUCUGAUAACAGUUUAAGGUUUCAAUAUCUUUGUUUUUCUCAUCUUUGUUUUUCUCCAUUUUGGUCAUGAUUAACCAAUAAUUUAUAAAACUAUGACUUCAAGUUUGAAUCUCAGCACAGUUAUUAUUUUAUAAAGCCUGCAGUUUGUACAUUAAGUUCACUUUGAAUUUAUUGUGAUUUUUUAAAAAUAUAAAUUGCUAAUUUGAUGUUAAAAAAUCUUACUAGUAGUUUCUUUUUUGGUUUCUUUUUUAUGCUUGUAGGCUAUUCAGAUAUGAUUUGUGAAUUUCAUACAUUUAAACAAAUUUCAAAAACAAUUUUGUGAUACCAUAAAUAUUCAUUUUCAAAUUACCUGCUUAUACUUUUAUGCUCAGUUUAGACCCUAUUGAAUUGUCCUUAUAUUAAUGUAGAAAUUGAGAAUUCAUCAUUGCUCUUAGUUUUUUGUUUUAAAAAAUAAUAUACACAGUUUUUCCCCUUAAGUAUUUUUUUUUAAAUACAGUUGACAGUUCUUUCCCUUUAGUAUUUAUUUUAAAAUAUAAUUGACAGUUGCUUCCCUUAGGUGUUUAUUUAGAAGUGUAAUUGAUGCUGCAGGGUUUUUUCUCCCUUUGAUUAUAUUUAAUAGAUGUGAGAUCAUUCCUGCUGCAACAUUCCAUAGCUGUUUGUCUCACUCAAAGCUUGCUCAUAGCCUCCAACCUGAUUUAUAUUUCUUAUCCUUUUUAGUAAAAAGUUUUCUUAGUCAUUUUCAAGAUCUGUUUCUCUUUUCUUGUUUUUUUUUUUCUGAAGUAGCUUUAGUGUUCAUUAGUGUAUUUAAAAAAAAUAGUUCAAACUUAUGAACACUGUAAUUUAAUGGUUUACCAUUUUCAAUAUUUGUACACAUUUUUUUGUUAUACAAAAAUAUGGUUUGUUAAAAAAACAUUCUCUAGUUUGAAUCUAUUGUUUGUAAAAAAAAAAAAAAUAUUUAAGGAAAAUAUUGUUGUAGUAUCGAUGCCUUCUGCCGUUUGUGAAAUCUCAUAUUGAAAUUUUAUUGGAAUGAUUAUAAUCAUCACAAUGAUAAUUAUUUUUUUAAAAUGUACAAAAAUUAUAAUAUUUGUUAUUUUCUAUGAUUUUCAAAUAAUAUCAAGAUAUUAUUUUAUUUUUUUAAUAUUUGCAAUAAAUAUUGUUUAGAAGUAUCUUUUUUAAUUUUCAAUCAAUAGAAAGUUAAUUUUCAUCUUAAACAGUAACAUUAUGUUCAAGAUAUUUUUUAACGGUGAAGACAGUGUAUUGUUAAAUUAAAAAUUAAUUUUUAAAAAACAUUUUAGCUAUUAGUUUUCAAAUAGAUAAACUUUGAAAAAUCUGAAUUAUGUACUUUUUUUUCCUUUUCUCAAUUUCUGUUUCAACACUCUAUAUGGGUAUUUUUAGAUCUUUUUCCCUCAAUAACUUUGACUUUUUAUUUUACAGAUCUACAUAUUGAAUCUCAUUUAUUUUCACUUUUUCUCUAUAAAAUUGGGAUUUGAAAUCUAAUUAAAAUACAAAAUUGUAAUCAUCAGUCCUAAUUAAUUACAUGAACUGGCAAACAAUAUAGAGACAGGUUAGUAAAAUAAAUAUUUAAAAAAAAAUCAUUAAUAUGAUCACUUAUCAGUUUUUUUAAACAUAAGUAAAACUUCCGUAUGAAUUGACACAUGGUUUUUUAUUUUCUAAAAUUCAAUUUUACAAGUUUAUGUUCUGUUGCAUUACUUUUGAACCAUUUUAGGCCUGACAAAAUACAUAAUCUUCACUUUGUACAAGUUAGCCGUGAACAAGGGCUUAGUCCUUAACACAAUUUACCCUUUUCUAAAUGCAGCAAUUUACACCAUGUUAGCCCAUCUUCAUAGUAGCUCAAAAUGUGUAGGCCUAGGACUUGUCUAUCUGUCCUAUUGAAGCCAUUCAUGGAUUUCUUGCAAGUAAUCAAAUAAUCCUUACCAAUCACUUAAUCAAACAUGUUAUAAAUUUAGUGUACAUUUAGCAUAAUUUUCCUGUGUAGCUUGGGACCUAGGCUAGGCUCUAAUGUUUUCUUAUCCAGUCCUGUCUCUGUGGCUUUAGUUGUCUGUUGACUAUGGGCUUUACAGUCUUUUCACCUGCCUUGUAGGUAUGUUGGUAUUUUACCAGUUGUAAAUUAUUAGUUGUAAGUUGCAAAAAAGAUUUUUUUUUGAAGGAAAGAAUUCAUACAGGGUUAUUUAUGGAUUGUCAGAUUAAAAAAA